AUGGCGUCUGACAGAAAUCUCGAAGUGGAAGAUCUCCUCGGGGACAUCGAAACACGCAAAUUUCUCUACGAAGAAGACCUUGCCAGUCAAGUCGACCCCGAACAAUUGACGGAAGAUGCCAGGGUGCUCAAGGAGCUCGAGGCUCGACUCCAAGUACUCCUGGGGAAUGAUAUCCCAGAUGCUUCGAUGGAGCAGGAAAAUGACCAACCCCGUCCAAACCCACGGCCUGCAUCACCCGUGGCACACACUGGAGCUUCGACCGCUUCAUCCUCAACGGGCUCGCCUGGCCCGUCAGCCAGUACUCCUGCUCGAGCUCCCACGAGCAAUGGAUAUGGCCCCUCGUACCCUCAAACCCGAGGCUGGCAUGCAGAUCUUGUUCAAUCUCCGACUGCGGGCCCUUCAUCAACCCCUUCUGCAUCCCGAUCUCUAUUCAUGCCUCAGUCCAAUGGGAAUGGAGACUCAGAGCUUGAUUUCUCAUCGGGAACCGAUGUAUCUCGCAAGCGACCGCGUCAUGACUCGAUUUCCUCGCCUUUCGCUGCACCUUCAAAACGACAGGCUCUAAUUGACGAGUAUGAAACUCGAAUGGAACAGUUGUCGGAAGAGCUGGAUAACAAGUUGACAAAUAUCCGCGAAGAUUACCAGGAGAGGCGAAAGGACGUUGAUGACCUUGAAUUCAGGGCUAUGGCCGGAGGAAUCUCUAUCUCGGAGGUCCUGGAGGCUCUGCAAGAGGAAAUGGAAGAAGAGGAGCGGGUUGUCCGGAGGGAUAUUAACCUGGAACGAGAUGGAGCUAUGGCUCGAAAACUACAAGCAGAGGAUUUUGGGGAAGAUGAGCCCGCGACAUAUCCACCCAGCCAGUCAACCGCACCUACGCACCCCUCUCUAGAUCGACUCCCAUUCCGACCAACGGAUCCUCAUCGAUUCGAUGGGACUUUCAGGCCCGCCUCGUCGAUUCCAAUUUCAUACAACCGUCCUUAUGCUCCUUUUUCUCCUGGCGCUCCUGCGAUGACGAUCACAGGCGCGGGCCCUGCUAAGCAAGGUCGGUCAUUGCCUGGUAUUCACUGGGAUGACGAUCUUCAAGAAAUCUCGGGAGAAUCCUUCAAUACGAAAUUUGGAACUCAAUUCAGAGAUCCGAGAGUGUACGGAUUUCCACAUAUGCCUUCUGAUCUCCUUAGUCCGCGAAAGUUUCCAUGGGUAUCGCCGGCGGUAUCGCCCUAUACUCGCGACGCUGCAGGCCUCGCAAUGAGCACCUUAGACGAGGCAAAGUUGAACCUGGAGGAUGACGACAUUGAGCGCUACGAGGAGCAGCAUUUCCCUCAGGACAUCAAAAAUCUACUCACGGGUAUCAAAGAUAUUCGGGAUGCCACAAAUGCCGACACCGACGAGACCCCAAGUGCCCUCAAGGUGACGUUGAUGAAGCACCAAAAGAUCGGCCUGAGGUGGAUGAAGGCAAAGGAAGAUAGCGUCCAAAAGGGUGGAAUCCUAGCAGACGAUAUGGGUCUCGGCAAAACCAUCCAGGCGAUUGCGCUCAUGACCGCUCGCCCACCUACUAACCCUGAACGACACCCGUGUAUCAUUGUCGCCCCGAAGGCUCUUAUGGAACAAUGGAGACUCGAGAUUGCCCGACAUGUCAAACCUGGCAAACAAAAGCUGUCAGUCUUCAUUUUUCACGACAAGACUCGCCGGACCCCAUGGAUAGACCUUCGCAAAUACGAUGUGAUCAUCACCACAUUCGGCACCUUAAGGGCCAACCACAGCCUUCUGGACAAGGCCGACGAAAUGGAAAAAGCGGGCAGAGGUCCGGAGAUCACCGACCUGUACCGUAGCCAAGCAGUCCUCUUUACGCCCAGCAGCAAAUUCCACCGAGUCAUUGUGGAUGAGGCGCAAAACAUCAAAAACCCAUCGGCAAAGAGUAACAAAGCAUGCUGCGCACUUAAUGCGACCUUUCGUUGGUGUCUGACCGGAACACCCAUGAUGAACAAGCUGGACGACCUCCAAUCGCUUCUCAAAUUCCUUCGAAUCAGACCUUACAACCAUAAGGAGAAGUUCAAACGAGAUUUCCCCGUUCGUGUCGGCAUGGUGGAGGAAAAUACCAUGCAACAGCUGCGCGUCCUGGUCAAAUCUGUCUGUUUGCGACGUACAAAGACAUCUCAGAUCGACGGCCAGCCUAUUCUCAACCUGCCGCCGAAGGUCAUCGAAAAGGUCCAUGUUGUAUUCAACGACUUUGAGAACGCAGCAUACACCGAGCUGAAUACCAAGACCCAAGAGAAGAUUACCAAGCUAAUCAACAAUGGUACCCUUGGCAAGAACUACACUCAUGUGCUAGUUCUGCUUCUCCGGCUGCGACAGGCAUGCUGUCACCCGCAGCUGUUGGACAUCAACACUGACGAUAUCACCACCGUUUCCGGGGUUGAUCUAAUCGCCAACGCAAAGCUCUUGACGCCCGAUGUUGUAACACGCAUCAAGAAUCUGGAUGAAGAGGGUGACGAAGAAGCUGGGACGUGCCCAAUUUGUAUGGAUAGCUCUGGAAAUGCGGUCAUUUACAUUCCUUGUGGCCAUUCGGUCUGUCGUGAAUGCUUUGCGCGUAUCUCCGACCCCGCGGUGCUUGCCCGAGAUGAUACAUCGGGUCUGGUCAAGUGUCAGAAUUGCCGUGGACCGGUCGAUCCUGAGAAGAUCACCGAUCUUAACUCGUUUAAACAAGCGCAUGAUCCGAAUGCAACGCCCGACAACGAGGCGGGGAAGAAAGACGAGACUUCCGAUGAAGACUCCGAUACCGAAUAUGACUCCGAAGAUGAGUCUGGCGAAUCGGUGAAAAGGGGCAAGAGAAAAUCACUGGCCGUGCUACGAAAGGCUGGCCAGAAGAAUCAGAAGGAGAGACGCAAGUAUCUCCGUCGUCUGGAAAAAUCCUGGAUUCCAAGUUCCAAGAUUGAAAAGUCCCUGGAGAUCCUGCAGGCAAACGAGGACCGAGGAACUGGUGAGAAAACCAUCAUCUUCAGCCAAUUUACCUCACUGCUCGAUCUCUUGGAAGUUCCCCUCAAGCGCCGUGGCUGGAAAUAUGUUCGAUUCGACGGGUCGAUGAAGGUAGAUGAUCGCAAUGCCUCUGUUGCGGGCUUCACCGAUGACCCAUCGACGCGGAUCAUGCUCGUUUCUCUGAAGGCUGGUAAUGCCGGUUUAAAUUUGGUCGCUGCUUCGCAUGUUAUUAUUUUCGAUCCAUUCUGGAACCCCUAUGUUGAAGACCAGGCUAUCGACCGAGCCCAUCGUAUCGGCCAAACGAGGGACGUCUUUGUACACCGCCUGCUAAUUGAGCACACUGUUGAAGAUCGAAUCGUCGAGCUGCAAGAGCAGAAGCGUGAGCUUAUUGGCGGUGCCCUCGAUGAAGGAGGCUCAAUGAAUGUGCAACGUUUGAGCGUUAAAGACCUAGCAUAUUUGUUUGGGAUUCAAGAUGCUUGA